UCCUUUUUAAAAUUUUAGAAAGCAAAAAAAAAAAAAAAAAAAGCGCGCUUUUAUCCCAUUCUACUGGCUCACUUUGCUCAAUUCCUAUCGGCUUGAAAGCAAAGGACUUUUGAUGUGGCUUUAUCCCACUAUUCCGUACAUUCUUCUCAACAAUUUCAGAGUUGUUUGUUAGGGACAGAAAAGGAAAGAGGGGAAAAUGGAUAUCAAGGAUGUGGGGUCUUCACUUGAUUCCUUGAUAUCCUCAUUCAACACUCGGAUAUCGGAGAUUCAACAGCUUGUCAUAGCUCGAAACAUGUACCCAGCAAGCAGCGUUUCAGAUUUGUCAGCUAUUGACUCUGCGGUGAAGGUUUUGGAGCUUCAGCUCCAAAAAAUAAAAAUCCGGCUGCGUGAAGAAACUGAAGCCAUCCCCAAAGCCAAGAAGCUAAUAGAAGCGUCUCUGCAGCAGCAAAAGAAAUUGCAACAUUUAUCUUCUGUUGUUCCAUCAUAUGUUCCUGAUAGAGUGACUAAAACAACUGAUGAUUCUAUCAAAUGUUUACAUCUAGAGCCCAGUGUCGAGGAUCUUGGUUUGGUUUCUCUGAAACUUGAUGAACCUGCACCCAAGGAGAAAAAAGGUCGCGCCUCGCCUCCACUUUUCUACAUUAAUUCUGAUGAACUGAAUUCUGUACCACCAUAUAUGAAACAGCGUAUAACUUUGGAAAAGGUCAAUGCAGCAAUAAAUGACAUGGCUACUUAUGCUGAAGCAACUUCUCAGCUUCUCACAGCCCCUCGUAAAAAGCUCAAAGAAAAUCUUGCGGAGAGAGCAAUGGAAUUAAGAGAUAUUGCCGCAACCGAAGCAGUUAAAGGAAAACAUUUCUUUCUGGAAACUGACAUCAAAGGGCCUUCACUGAAGCUUGACAAUACAGGAAAAGCAAUACUAACUGUCCUCCGGCACCUUGGUCGUAUCAGUGAAACUCGAAUUGGUCAUCACCGUGUGAUCCUUCUUUUGAGGCCUCGCUGAAUUGAAACCAAUGCUCAGUUAGGAAUUUGAACAGCUUCGUGUGAUGACUUCGAUUAGCAUAUGAAUGAGAAAAUUCAAGCUCUCCUCACACCUGAGGAACCUGUUGCUGUUUACAGUAUAAAAUUGUAUGAUAUCAUUGAAUGUUAUAGGACAAUUCAACCAUCUGGAAGAUCAGUUCUUGUUGAUGCAUGCUUUGACACAAAGUUCAUAUUAAGUAUCAAAUGUUAGUGGCAGUGCGUUUAUCGAUUUGAUUCAA